CCUGCAGAGUGAGAGAACAGCAAUGGGACUGGAAACAGAGAGAAAGGUGGGGGGUGGGGGGUGCAAGAGAGAGGUGAGUGCUGCUGCAGAUCAGCGUUUAGCCUUGCUGAGGAGUUAAACGCUUCACAGCAUCACAUCUUCUUCAUCCAGGCAUUAAUCCUGUUGUGAUAGCCAUGUUCUCAAAGCAGCUCCAGCCUCUGAUCUUUGUGGCAUUUAUCCUGACUUCUGCUCUCUCGGUAUCUUCCUCGCCCGCUGACAUAGAGAAAGGAAGGAGAAAAGUGGUGCAUGUUCUUGAGGAUGACACUGGAGCCGUGAUUGUGCAGACUGCUCCUGGUAAAGUGGUGACACAUCGGGGUGGCUCCAUCACUUUGCCCUGCAGAUUCCAUCAUGAGCCGGAGAACGUCGAUCCUGCUCGCAUCAGGAUAAAAUGGACCAAAGUGACGGACACGCUGCAGUUUGAGGACGUCUUUGUAGCUCUGGGAAAGCAGCAGCGUGUGUUUGGAUCGUAUCGUGGCCGUGUGUUUCUGGAGCAAGCAGGACCAGGCGACGCAUCGGUGAUCAUCCAAAAUGUCACGCUGGAGGACUAUGGACGCUACGAGUGUGAGGUCACUAACGACAUGGAAGACGAUACAGGAUUUGUGAACCUUGACUUAGAAGGAGUGGUCUUUCCCUACUAUCCCCGUGAGGGGCGCUACAAGCUCAACUACUACCAGGCUGAGGAUGCUUGCAAAAAGCAGGAUGCCAUUCUAGCUUCUCAUUCUCAACUGCACAAGGCAUGGCUGGAGGGACUAGACUGGUGUAAUGCUGGAUGGCUGGAGGACGGCUCAGUUCAGUACCCUAUCUCUCAUCCCAGGGACGAGUGCGGACGUAAGGACACCCCAGCUGGUGUUCGAAACUACGGCUAUAGGCACAAAGAAGAUGAGCGUUAUGAUGCUUUCUGCUUCACUUCCAAGCUCAACGGCAAAGUGUAUUUCCUCAAGCGCUUCAAGAAGGUGAACUAUGCGGAGGCGAUUAAGGCGUGCAUUCGAGACGGUUCAGUGGCGGCCAAAGUGGGUCAGCUUUAUGCAGCAUGGAAGUUUCAACUCCUGGACCGCUGUGAAGCAGGCUGGCUUGAGGAUGGCAGCAUUCGGUACCCCAUAGUCAACCCCCGUUCUCGCUGUGGAGGAUCCCAGCCAGGAGUCCGAAACCUUGGCUUCCCUGAUAAAAAAUUCCGCCUCUACGGAGUCUACUGUUUUCGUGAAAACAAGGAUGAAGCAGCGGGUGGAACUGGGAAGACAAAAAGCGCUAUAGAGAGUUUGACAAGGAGGAAGAGCAGCAACAGCAUCCCCAUGAACGCCACAAAGGUGAUUUAAAGUAGGAAGACUGAGAGCAGGAGGGGGAUGCAAUUUCGGAUUUGACUGUCGCCUAGCAGCCAGAUUUCAUUCAUCGCAUUUAAAAAAAA